GCGUUUUCAUGUCCUCUUGUGAACAAUAGAGAUCUCUUUGGGCCUUCUAUUGGUCUAACUGUUCUACCUGAGUGAUUGGAUUGCCAUCAGGAGGUUGCCCCAAGGCACACAUUUCCUGGUCCCCAUUCACGGCUCCAAAACUUCCAUCAGCAUAGUGCUGGUGGGCUCCCUCUACCCUUUUGAAUCAGGUUAUAAACCAGGCUCAUCUCUGGGGCUUUAGAUGGUCCAAUCCAUCAAGCUACCUUUGCAGCUUCAUCUUUGAUAGAUUUCCUAUCCAAGAUGGAGACAGCAACGCCAUCUUCAGAAGCUGCAGCAGGAUCGAAAUCACAAUCAGAACCAGGACCUUGAUCUUCAAGGUCUUGGUGCGGGUGAUGACCUGUUUGACCUGCCGGCCGAGUAUGAUUUAGAUCCGAACGAGCUCGAUCGGUUUCUCCGCGAUGUAGACCUUUCUGGUUUGUUGUCAACUCAGGGUCAGCCUGGCCAGACGCCCACCAAUGAUGUCCCGGUGGCUGGACCUUACCAAGCCCAGAACCUGAUCACUGGAACGCAAGAACUCCAUCGUCCUGUCCCGACCGUCCUUCCUGGUCCUACUUUCGCGAGUGAUUCGAGGUACCGACGACUUGCCCCGACACCAGGUCGUGGACCCGAGCAUAAAAGAUCUGUCGAUGAUAUCAGUGUUGAUGAGGAUCAUGUACUAUCCUCUGUCAAAGGUAAUGAACCUGUUGCAAAGAGACAGUGUAUGGGCCACUCCAUUCAGUCCACCUUUAUCGGCGAUAGUCAUCCCGUCUCCAAUGUGUUCCGUCACGACCAUCGACGCCGUCCACCCCGGAUGGAUGCAGCCAUAGGGUCAAUCGAAAAGCCUCAACCCUAUGCUAGAUCCGGCGUUCCUGUGAUCGCAACGCCUAUCCUUAGUGAAGCACACCAGGGUUCAAACAACCAAUCACGUUCAUCUUUGGGCAUUCCCUCGACCGGCCUGUUUAACGCAUCUAGCAACUCGAGCAGUGCGUCAACGAACAGCGUAGGCUCCGUAUCGACAUCUCUUGCAUUGGAGAAGCGAGGAGAUCUCGCAAUCCACCAAUCCACGAACUCCCAAGCAGCAUUAUCGUUACCCCCGUUUCGCCCCCAUGGCGUAGCACCCGCUACUCCAUGUCACUCAGUAGAUAUAGAUGCUGCUAGUUUUGAGCGUGAAUCGUCUAUUGAUUCUCUGUUUGAUGAUCGGGCCAACAGCCCGUUGUUGGACGCCGCAUCCACAAGCCAGAACGCCGGAAAACCUCAAUUUAUGAUGCCUUUGAUAGCAAAUACCACUGGACCCCGGAUAUCCGAGCAUCUCAAGAAAGUCUGUCAGUUAAAAGAUGAGGAUAUCCUUCUAACUCAAUCUCGAGAAAGUGGGUGGUUUUGCCGCCAAAGACCCAAAUAUAUCUCCCCAUACCCCCGACCGGGGGGAGAUCUAGGCUAUCUUCCAUCUAGCCCAUCUCUUCACGUCAGAUCGAUCAAAGCCGCGGAUGACGAGGUUGCAUCUCUCCUCAACGACUAUCGAAAACGACUCGAGACGUGCAUUUCUGAUCGGGAUAAACUCAUGGCGGAACUCCAGAUGUAUAGCAACGUUGAUCCGGUGACUCAAAAAAGUCAAUAUCAGAGGUUUAAAGACGACAUUAAAUAUCUGAAGCGGGCGGUAACUGUGAACGCGAAAAAGGAGGAAGAGGCCUCAAAGGAGGCGCGUUAUUGGCAAAACCGGUAUUUCGGUCUUGUCAACAUAUACAAUAACCUUUGCGCACAGUUCCAUCAACUGCGACAGCUAGUGCAGCCAAUGCAAUUUCAGGUUCACCAGACUAGGCUAACCCAACAAUGCUCCGCACCGGCUCCAAUUCAGCAAAAUACCCAGGUACCCAGACUACCAAGCAAUCGCCCUGCACCAACUAGCGUGACGUCGACCCCUGCUACUGGUAGCGCCGUACCAUCUGCUGCAACUUCUGCGCCUAUGACUCCUAGCGCUUCAUCUGCACCAACCCCAGUCAUGGUUGAUUUAACUGGCGACGCGGACGGCGAUAUGUCAAGUCAACCAAAGAAAGCUCAAAACGUCAAUUCCACUCCUGCAACAGACAUCCCAGUUUCGCAGAAAGAACUUUUCAAGUCCAUGCGCAAGAAAGAAUAUCGGUGGCUGGGUAACAAAAAUCACAUGCAACAACGUUUCACGAAUGCUUUAACCAGUCAGCCCCAACCGCAUACUAAUGUUCCAUCAAAUACGGCUAAUACUUCCUCUACCCCUACGACACCUAACAACUGUCGACAUGACAGAGUAAAGGACAACAGUGUAUCUGGUCGCCCUCGUCAAACCGCGUCAAGUCGUCAGAUUGAAACGGGUGUGCACCAGACAGCAACCAUGCCCGAUGCGUGUGAUCCCGGAGAUAAUGAAUUUGCAAGGAUGAUGGAGGGAAAUUUGCAGGGUUCGAGUGAUAUAGACACAACAGGCUCAGGGACGAUUUCUGACCCAGCCACGGUUGCGGCCGACACCUCAGAAGUGACGGAAGGAGAUGAUGAUGAAUUUGCGAGGAUGCUGGAAAAGGAUCUUGAAGCUUCAAGUUGAGCAAGAGGCAUGAUUGUGUCUGAAGGAUGUUGAGGUCGUCUGAAGCAUUCGACAGCAUUGUAAGGUGUUCGAGGACGACUAUUGUGUGGGCUUUGUGGAUUUUUGUUUUUCUUUUUAAAAUCAAGGCUGGUAUUGACCUCUGCGAGUGUGUUGAUACUUUGUCUCCCUUCAAUGUGUGUUUGUUUUCCAAGGAUUUUUACAAGAAAUUGUGGAUGAAUUGAAGGAUACGGCGUGAUUUCAAUGAUGCUGUAUGUGUAUGAUACCCUUCACGCUUAUGGUA